AUGGCAACGGCAGCCUCCGCCUCCGCCUCCCCCGCCGCUCUGCGCGCCAAAACCCCAGCCCCGGGCGCGCACCCCAGCCCGAAGUCCAGCCUCGCAUUCCCGUGGCCUUCCCCCGGCGCCUCCGCGUCCGCCUCCGCCGCUGCCUCCGGCAGGCUCCACGCCAGCCUCCACCUCGGCGGGGUCCGCGGCGUCGGCACCGCCAACGGCACCGGCCUCCACGUGCUGCACCCCGACGUCAAGCCGCUGGCCGUGCCCAAGAUGGCCGGCGGCGCGGGGGCGCAGAAGAGCAUCCUGCUCUACCACUGCGAGGAGAUGAGGGAUCUCGCCCAGCAGGUGGCCGCCCGGAACGACGACAUCGAGCUCUGCACCAUCUCCUGGAGGAAGUUUCCCGAUGGAUUUCCAGAUUUGUUCAUACCAAAUGCCCAGAACAUUCGUGGGCGACAUGUUGCCUUCUUAGCAUCAUUCAGCUCGCCUGGUGUCAUAUUUGAGCAAAUAUCGAUUAUAUAUAAUCUGCCAAAGCUGUUCAUUGCUUCAUUUACUUUGAUACUGCCAUUUUUCCCAACUGGGACUUCCGAGCGUAUGGAAGACGAAGGAGAUGUCGCAACCGCCUUUACACUUGCUAGAAGCUUGUCACACAUACCAAUAUCCAGAGGUGGACCCACCAGUUUAGUGAUUUUUGAUAUUCAUGCUUUGCAGGAGAGAUUCUACUUUGGAGAUGCAAUCUUACCAUGUUUCGAGAGUGGCAUCCCCUUGUUGAAAAGUAGGCUUCAGGAGCUACCUGAUUCUGAUAACAUAGCCAUAGCUUUUCCAGAUGAUGGCGCAUGGAAGCGCUUCUAUAAGCAACUCCAACAUUUUCCUAUGAUUAUAUGCAACAAAGUUAGAGAAGGUGAUCAAAGAAUUGUGCGUAUAAAAGAAGGAGAUGCUAGAGGCCGUCAUGUUGUUAUAGUGGAUGACUUGGUGCAGUCUGGUGGUACUUUGAUUGAAUGCCAGAAAGUGUUGGCUGCUCAUGGAGCAGCAAAGGUUAGUGCAUACGUAACACAUGGCAUUUUCCCCAACAAAUCAUGGGAGAAAUUUAAGCCUGAUAAUGGAGAGGGCCCGGAGCACGCCCUGAGCCACUUUUGGAUUACCGACUCGUGCCCUCUCACAGUUGAAGCGGUCAAGGACAGACGGCCGUUUGAAAUUCUCAGCCUGGCAGAUUCUAUUGCUUCUGCUCUUCAGAUUUAG